AUGAAAUGCGAGACAGAAGGGGUCCCGUCUCCGCGGGAAGCGGAUGCGGGGGCAGGCCUGUUGUGGGACGCGAAACGGUUGUUCAGAUCUGAAUGUGCGCAACCUGCCGUGGUGUUCUCUGGAACGUAUCGCAGUGAUCCGAGCAUUGUUUGGACAGGGACGGUGGAAGAUAUCCGGGAUCGCCGUAGUAGCAGAAUUUCCGAUUCCCUUCUGUGCUCAUCCGCUCCAUGUGUGCUCGAAGCUUCUUCGAUGCGUUUUAUGAUCUUCAGCGAAGAAGACUGGAACUCUCAGGAGUCUGCCCCGUGCUUAGGCUUCAGGGCUGCAGGUUCCCUGCAGUCCUUCAAAGUUAGGAAAGUAUUGAAAGUGAAUCCCCCACUCACGAUAACUAAAAAUGCUCAAGAUAAGAUCAAACCAAAGAUUGGACUCUCUCAGAAGACAGGAAUUUCUUCGGUUGAUGAGGUGUCCGUUUCAACUCUCUCAUCAGUCAGCAAUGUUAGUUCCGGUAUCGGAAGUCUCCUCAGACUUCAGCGCUUUAAUCCUUCCACCACCAGAGCCAGCUUUAAUGUGUCCAGAAGACCAUUGGAGAGGGUACAGGUCACAGAAACAGGUUCCCUGAGGAUCAGAGGUGAUUACUGGCCAGUGACCCUGCAAGAAGCUAUGUUUCUUCCGCAGUUUCCUGUCAGAUCACCUGUCAAUAAGGAAAGCUUUGAUGUGAUCAGACCGCUUGGGGAAGGGUCUUUUGGCAAAGUUUUCUUGGUGAAGAGGAAAGAGGAUGGACACGAAUUUGCCAUGAAGGUCAUGUCAAAGAACCAGGUGAUUCAAAGGGGAAUUCUCAAGCAAUGUAAAGAAGAAAUGACUAUUCAAACCAUGUGUGGUCACCACCCUUUCCUUGUGGGCUGCAAAUUCCAUUGGCAAAGUCAAAAGCGGCUCUAUUUAGUGACCGAAUAUGUGUCGCAGGGAGAUAUGAUGGCUCUUUGGAAGUCUAUCGCUCCAUUUUCUGAGGACCUGGUGAAGAUUUAUGCAGCACAAAUCAUCAUGGCUUUGGAUUUUUUGCAUUGUGCUGGGAUCAUAUACCGGGAUUUGAAGCUGGAAAAUGUGAUGCUUGACCAAGAAAUGUGCAUAAAGAUCACAGAUUUUGGACUGGCGAAAUGGUUACCGCAUGGUAAAAGAACUGCUACCAUAUGCGGCACAAUGCAGUACAUGGCUCCUGAAAUACUGCAAAUGAGGUCUUACAACCAUUGUGCGGAUUGGUGGUCGCUGGGGAUUCUGCUGUUCGCUUUGUUUGCUGGCGAGUUUCCUCUUGGAGCUCCUGAUACCCACGAAGAAAUGCUGCUUGCUGUGAUUUCCUUCGACUUUUCACUCCCGAAAGAUGUGAUAGCUUCGCCUGCUGCGCGCGCCUUUCUCAGAUCUUUGCUCUGCAUCGAUCCACAGAAAAGACCGAAGUCGAGAUACUUUAUUCAGAGGGACGCCUUUUUCCACGGAACUAAUUUCGACGCUAUCUUCAAUCGCAAGUUGAAGCCGGAUGACCUCGUGAAGAAGCUGAAAAUGGUUGUGAAGGAUUGAACACUUCUAGAACCUUGGGUUGUUUUAAGAAUUAUUUUUAAACAGCCUGUUAGACUCAUGGGACCUGACAACAAACUGCUGUUCAUUCCACCAACUCCUAUAUUCUUGCGCCUCAGAACAUGUCAGCCCAAUCUACAGUGGGAUGAGUCUUCCAUCUGUGAUCCUAAGAAAAGGGUUCAUUCCAAAACUUUGCAUCGUCAUGAGUUUCAAGGCCAGCAAUCAAGGGCGCAGCUGUCCUCUUGUGUGUGUAUGUUUCUUUUUGUGCGUCAGCCUGUGAGUUGAGUAACCUGCUGGCUGACCACUGCGGCCCCCUUUAAACUCCAAUGCAACAUUAUACUAGCCAGCAUUUGUGCCCGAGCUUUUGUGACAGACUGUUGUGUAUGCACUGAAAUACAUCAUCACCAUUGCCUCUCUAUGUGAGA